GAGCAGCCGUCACAGAGACCCACCAGCUCCGGACAGAAUGGCUUCCCUCCGACUGUUCCUCCUUUGCCUCGCUGGACUGGUAUUUGUGUCUGAAGCUGGCCCUGGGGGUGCUGGAGAAUCCAAGUGUCCUCUGAUGGUCAAAGUCCUGGAUGCUGUCCGAGGCAGCCCUGCUGUCGAUGUGGCUGUGAAAGUGUUCAAAAAGACCGCUGAGGAUACCUGGGAGCCAUUCGCCUCUGGGAAGACCGCUGAAUCUGGAGAGCUCCACGGGCUCACCACAGACGAGAAGUUCGUAGAAGGGGUGUACAGAGUGGAACUGGACACCAAAUCGUACUGGACAGCACUUGGCAUUUCCCCGUUCCACGAAUACGCAGAGGUGGUUUUCACAGCUAAUGACUCUGGCCAUCGCCACUACACCAUCGCAGCGCUGCUCAGCCCCUACUCUUACAGCACCACCGCUGUGGUCAGCAACCCCCAGAAGUGAGGGACCCAGCCCAGGAGGACCAGGAUCUUGCCAAAGCAGAAGCAUCCCGCUUGUACUGAAACAGUGUCCUUGCUCUAUAAACAGGGUUUUAUUAAACCAUCUGUUAUUUCAUUCA